UGCAUUUAGCAAAUUGAUCAACUUUACAAGGGAAGAACAUUGCCAGCUAACCUUCUGCUUUUACUUGUGCAGGAAUUUCUACCAACGGCCACACGUUAAAGUUGCAGAGGAACAAGCACCACCAAUUUUCCAUCGUAUCGACAGGCUCUCCUCGUCCCCUGAACUCUGAGUGCAGGUGUACCUAUGGCAACUUCAAAAGAAAUCUACCCAGUUCCAAACAGAACAACGUCAACCAAUUUCACUACCUCUGACUGCAACUUUACAUUGGAAGGUUUUAUAACAUUUAAGAUCAUUGCCUAUACAAUUAUUUGUACAAUUGGACUCAGUCUCAAUGGUCUUGCAUCCUGGGUGUACUUCUGUCACAUCCCCAGUACCAACACCAUCAUCUUCUACCUGAAGAACCUCGUCAUAGCCGACAGCUUGCUGGUCCUCUCGCUACCAAUAAAGAUCCUCAAAGACAGCAAAUUCUCCCCACACCUGAACAAAAUUUACUGCGGCUUUAUAGCGUGCAAUUUCUAUUUGAACAUGUACUCCAGUGUUCUAUUUCUGGCUUACAUUGCAGCCACCAGAUACCUCAAGAUCGUCAGACCUCUCAACAGUCUAGCAUUUCAAAACCUGAAGACUGCUAAGCGUCUCUCUCUGGGAACCUGGUGUGUUCUCCUCCUCCUUGGAAUACUGUUUAUUAUUCUGAUGAACUUGGCUGACAACCCGCAACAAGUUAGCACUCACAUCUGUUUGAAAGUUGGGAAGGAACAGAAGGCUAUAUAUUUGUUUACCCACAUUGUAGGCUUGGUCAUGUUUUUCUUUGUGUUAGCAGGAGUUUGUUACUGUUACUUACAGAUUUCAAGUCAGCUCCACUUGUCACCUUCUUCGCGGUCCCUGAAGAAGCAAGCCAGGGCAAAGAACAACAUUCUAAUCCUGCUUGCUGUGUUCUUUAUUUGUUUUGUACCCUACCACAUCGUAAAGUUUCCUUACUUAUUAAGCCAGACAGAUUUUAUUUCAGACUGCUAUUGGCAAAGAGUUUUAUACCACACUAAAGAGGCUUCCCUCUUACUGUCAACACUCAAUGCAUGCUUUGAUCCGGUUAUCUAUUUUCUGUUUUGCAAGGCAUUUAGGUCAAAGUUAGGUCUGGAUAAAAAAGUUAUGGCGCCCAAUGAGAUUAGCGUGCCUGUUAAUGCAUCACAUUUCGUGCACUGAUCUUUCACAUCAACAGCAAGAGAUUGUGCAUCCUAUCCCACUUUAGAGAAUUAUAGUGUGUGGCACAGCGAUGCCUCAGUCCUGUCCUCCCAGUCCUUUCUCUAUGGAGUUUGACCACGGGGGCUCCCCCCAACAUCCCAAAGAUGUGCAGGUUGGGAGUUAAUAGGCUACUGGAAAUUAUCCCCAGUGCGUAGGUGAGAAGCAAAAUCUGGGGAGAGUUGAUAGGAAUGCAGGGAAAAUAAAAUAGGAUUAGUGCAGAAUUAAUUUGACGGUCAGCAUGGAUUCGGCGAGCCCGUUUCUGUGCUAUAUUACCCAAUGAGUAUGCUCCGUAAAGAUUAAAUAUUUACUCUCCUGAGAUCAUGUACAAAUUGUCCAAUCAUAGGUCAGACCCCACUUAACCCCAAGAGAGAGUCAACCAAACUUCCAAUCAGUUGAUCCAGAUACUUUUUUUUUAAAAUGUGUUAAAGAAACAGUUUAAGAUCCUAUUCAGUAAUACUGAGCUGUAUUAACUGUGAUGAACUGUGCUUUAACCAAAACACUAUUUUCACUUGUCAUUAUUCACAAAGCCAACUUUUUAAAGGCUUGCAACACACACAAAAUGGUGGAGGAACUCAGCAGGUCAGGCAGCAUCUAUAAAGGGAAACGAACAGUCAACGUUUCGGGCCGAGACCCUUCAUCAGGUCCUCCAUAGGUGCUGCCCGACCUGCUGAGUUCCUCCAGCAUUUUGUGUGUGCUGUUCCAGAUCUCCAGCAUCUGCAGAAUCUGUGUCUUCAUUUUAAAGGCUUGGAUGUUCACAAGACAGAGAGACAGAAAGCACAGGAAGAGAGGGGCAUACGUCACACAGGUGGUAGAAAGUAACAGCUGAAUCAUUUGACCCUUCAUCAGGACUCAUUAAGUAAUGUUUUCCUGCCCAGCACACUCAAAUGCAUUAUUACAAUCAGUCACAGGAGGGCAGCACAGUGGUGCAGCUGGUAAAGCUGCUGCCUCUCAGUGCCCAGUGACCCAGGUUCAAUCCUGACCUCUGGAGCUACCUAUUUGGAAUUGCUGCAUCUGUAGUGAGAUUUCCCCAAUUUCCUCCCGCAUCCCAAAGAUGUCCUGCUCGGUAGAUUACCACUGGUGUGUUAGUGAGAGACAGGAGGGAACCUAUUCUCAGAGCCCAAAAUAAAUUGGGAAGAAAGAUCAUAUGCACACAAAAUGCUGGAGGAACUCAGCAGGUCAGGCAGCAUCUA